ACGACGACGACGACGACGACGACAAAGGCAGCUGUAACCGGAGAUUGAUCGAGUGCACUUUACGGCGCGCGUUUGCUAUCGCACUCGUCGGUCAAGUUCGCCGCCGGUGCGGCAACCGACGCGGCGAUGCGGGAAAGCUGAGACUUUGAUUGUUCGGAUCACGACGAUUAUACGACGCUACCGAAGAGUGCACCAAAGAGGGAGAGAGGAGAGAGGGAAAAGAUCAGGACGACGAUGAUGACGAGCUGCAACGUGACGCCACUGAAGAAAUACGCGGGAAUCAGCUACCGCGUGAAGUACGUCGCGGUGGAGAACGAGCGCGUGUUCGGCCACAUGUACGUCAGCCAGCAGACGCGGGAUCUCGUUGAGGAGCCGAAUCUCAACAUGCAGAUCCUGGCGGGGGUGUACAGGAAGCGACGGCGCAACCUGAUCCAGCAGACCCUGCAAGGCCCGGACUUCAUGCUGCUCAACAGCGAACAGCCGAGCGAAAAGGCCGCGCACCGGCAAGGGCAUUGCAGGUCGAUAAGGGACGCGCCGAACGUGAUCACGUUUAAUUAUGAGAAUGCCGGCAAGCACGACGUGGCCGUAAGGAGGCCCAAGGUGUACCCGCCACCCAUGCGCUACACGCCGCCUCAGAAAGAGAUCGGGAUCACCUCGCUGGUGGAUCAGCUACUGUUGGACAUUUAUGGCAUCCCGAUGGGCGACAGGCCAUGCUCGGAGAACGAUUCAACGGCUUCGUCCUUGAGACCACGCCCGCAACAUCAAUAUCUGCAGGAAGCUCGACUGCUAUUGAAAAGGAAGGACGAACUGCAGAUCUUGCUCGAAACGCUGCACAAGCACAUCGUUCACACAGGCGGUCUGCUUGUUCGCCAGCUGCGCCGAAAGGAAUACGUCGUUGCCAAACGUGAUAAACAAUGCGACGUCAUUACGGCCUAUCUGCAAGCGCACAGUGCCAAGCGAUUCGAAGACACGAAAAUGAGGUUCAGCCUGACUCCGCAGCCGGGGGAGAGUGGUUUCAUACAAUGGCUAGACGCGAUGAAGAUGGUCGCCAGAUUGCAAGGAGGGAUACCACCGGAGUUCCGAAAAAGAUUGUGGCUGACGCUGGCGGAACGUCAUCUGGAACAACGGGGCGUGGAUUGGAAGCAGGCCGAGAAGGUCUGUUUCAACGAGUGGAGUAAUCCCGACGACGAAGAGCUCGGCAUACAAAUCGUGAAAGAUCUGCACAGGACAGGCUGCAGCCUGUUCUGCGGGGCCGCCGGCCGGGACAACCAGGCGGUGCUCCGUCGGGUUCUGCUCGGCUUCGCCCGAUGGAACAAGUCCGUCGGCUAUUGCCAGGGCCUCAACGUCUUGGCCGCCCUGGUGCUGCAGGUGAUGGAUCGCGCAGAGUCCUCGGCCGUGAAAGUGAUGAUAUACUUGAUUGAAGGUGUCUUGCCCGAAGGCUACUUCGCCGAUAAUCUUCGCGGCCUGUCGGUGGAUAUGGCGGUAUUUCGGGACCUCCUGCGCUCGAGGCUGCCGAAGUUAUCCAAGCACCUCGAGGCUCUCCAGAGUGACGCGAAGGACAAAGCGACGGGCAGCAGCUACGAGCCGCCGCUCACGAAUGUGUUCACUAUGCAAUGGUUCCUCACGCUCUUCUGCCACUGCUUACCGCAGGAAGCGGUGCUUCGUGUCUGGGAUCUGAUAUUCCUCGAAGGUGACGAAGUACUCCUCAGAACGGCGCUCGCUAUCUGGGAAGGCCUCUCCGAUCGCAUAAUGACAGUGACGUCAGCGGACGAGUUCUACAGCAUAAUGGGAGUGCUUACGCGAGAGAUGCUAGAAUUCACCGACACGAACAAUCUCAUAAAGAACAUCGUCAGCAUGGGGGCCCUGCACGGUGUGACAAGUCUGAGGGAAAAGCAUCGAUACAAUAUCACCCCAUGGGCGCGCAAGCUGAGUGACGACGAUGACAGCGAGACAGAAGAGGACGAAAGACUGGCUGUGGCAGCUGCCAUGUUCAGCAUGGCCCAGCGUCUUAAGAAAGAUCGUCUGCCUUCGACAAUAGGAGCGUUACAAGCGAUGGCGCCCAGUAGCGAUCGGGAACGCCUUGCCCUAGAUAUUAGCACGCUGAAGCAGCAAUAUGCAAAACUGCGAGAGCGACAGCGGCAAGCGCACAUAAUACUUUCUGCCGCGUGCGCGAGACAGACCAUGGUACAUCCGCCCACCUCCACGGCCAUGAAUCACCUGUUAGUGGGCAAAAAUGCCCUCGUAAGCGGAAAGAAUCGGCCAUUGAGUCUGCCGUCUGCCACUGCCACGUCGAAGUUACGGCCGGCGGCCAUUCACAGCCCGAGAAGUCAAAGCCGCAGGGACAGACAAGGUGUCACGCUUCACUGGAAGGACACGAAGAGACCGAAGCAAAGAGCCGGCGACGCUGGCGACGCCGAAGCCUUCGGCAGCGCGUUUUUACAGUCACCGCCGGAGACGUCGUCACUGACGUCACCUAACCGAGGUGCCGUCGACAGCGACAGUGAUAGCACGUCGACGGAGCUGUGCGACGAGCCGGAUCGCCUGAGCGACGUCGAUAGCGAAGAGCUGACGUCAGCAUCCGACUCCUACGUCAUGGACGACGAGAAGCAUCCUUGCGUAGAGGGUUCAUCGACUUCGGGCAGCACACCUGUACGCUUGUACGUGAAGGGUGAGCCGGUGCCAACAACAACGACGAUGACGGCGACGAUGACGACGACGACGACGACGACAAUCGAGGAACCACGAACGGAAUCGGUUCUCGAGAUCGAACGCAGCGAUGAAUCUCCGUCUCUGACUGAAAUCUCGAUUGCCAAGAUCACCGAUCAAAUACGAAGGCUCUCGGCGGAAGAUGACAAUAAUACGACGGUUCCUCAAGUAUCGAGCGCGCGCGACAACGACGAGCUGUCAGUGGGCGAUCUCUCAGUCCAGAGAUCACAGUCGAAGGAAAUUGAGUCGAGACCGCGGGAUUCUAUUGAGUGCACGUCCGGCGAGGACGCGACGAGAUCGUCGUCAAAGACUGUCGUUAGUUACGAUUACCUAAGCCUUAAUUCUAAUCUCGUCGAGGAGAAGACGGACGACAGUCUGACGCACGGGACGGAUCGACUGAAGCACCUGGGAGAAAAGGAAGAAGUAGUUCGGGCUAACAGCGAAGACAGAACGGGCCUUAAGACGAAUAUCAUGGAUGAAAGCAGCACGAGCAUAUUGCUGGAUAAUUCUAAAAUAUUGGAACAACCGAGCAUCUCUUUAGAUAGGAAUUACGAUAAAUUCAUCACGCCCUUAAACGCGGACGACGAGCCCUCGGAAUCCUCCUCGAGAUUUUCCAGCAAGGUUUACCUAACUUUGAAGAGUGAUCUCGAAUCGAGCGAUAUCGCAUCGAUCGAAGACGUUCCAAGCGGUAGAACUGUCGACGACGUAACAGAACGGCCGUUUUACACGAAGAGAUACGUCGUAGGCCACUUGCCGAUUUCCCCGAUAACGAUCGAUAGCAAACUGACGAAAAUGUCGCACGACGUGCACAACGUCGCGUUGAGUGCGGAAGAUCUAACGAGUCCCGAAGCGAUUUCGAAGAGGGACACCUUUAUCGGCGACAAGCUGCCGACGGUACAAACGAAGUCGUAUUGCGACCUGAAGAAGAGUCCGAAGUCUCCUGAGAGCGCAAAGUCCUUCAGCUCUGGAGAGACCAUGGGCCCCGAUUCGAAGCCCUCCAGUCUGACGGUGAGUCCUAAGACGCCGGUGAGAUCGAGCUCACGGGACUUUGUGAUGGACAAGUCGUCGGCCUGCUCGUCGAUCAGUUCGGACUCCAAGACCCUGAUCCUUCAUUCCGCGGGCUCGGACAUCGCGCACGAAAGCCCGCGGCCGAUCGCGAAGAAGACGUCGUAUGAGAAAUCAAGCCCCUCGACUCCGAUCAGUACAGACUCCCUGAAGAACAAAUCGGACACUAGUCCGAAGUUGGUGAUCAGCAGCUCCAGUGACUCGUGUAGCCCGUGUAAAAUCAAGUCUUCCGAGAAGUCGUUCAGUUCGGACCUGCAGUCGCCGGUGAGUGCCAACUCCAUAAGAUACACCACGCACUACGGCAAACGCUGCCGAGACAACGUGUCGGACUCGCCGAUCGACUUGAGCAGCGCGACCUCGCCGUUCUACCCCAUCGCGAAUCCCAACCAGAAGACGCCAUCGCCGUACAGCACAGGCAAGCGACGGAGCAGCGUCGACAGCGCCGACACGUCGCCUGAUCUGAGAUCGAUCAGCUCCAAGGACUCAGCCAAGCUGUCGAGCUAUCAAGCGAAACUGGACCCCGCUGUGAGACCGAUCGAAGCGAAGGAGAACGCGAUGAACGAUGCGGUCUGCAAGAGGAGCGAUCUAUUUGUUAGGCCGCAAUUCGGCCUAAGCGCAGAGUCGGCCGCACACGUUGAACUGAGCUACACGACGAGGGAGAAGUGCAGAGUCGAAUCGGGUUGUUACGAAUCGAUCGACGGCAGCGAGUCGUAUCGCAAGUGUGGGGAUCUCACGGACGAUAGCGCUGACGACCCGCUGUCCGAGAAAGACGUGGUGCCGCAGUUACCGCACGAGAAGCUCGACAAGCAUUAUCUCAAUUACAAUUACAGGCGUCGAGAUCGAUCGAGGCUGGCCGAGAGAAGUUCUAGUAGUUUGGAAAGCAGAUUCACCGACCUCAAGUCAUCCGCUUCGACCGACGAAUUCAGCACGACCAUGGCGAAGAAGCGAUCCAGCGACAUCUUGGAGGACAUGAAGCAUUUGGAAGCGAAGGCCUUCAGCGACGGAUCGCCCGACAGUAACAUGCUAUCGAAGAAAACCAGCGAUAUCUGGGAAGACAUGAAGAAUCUAGAGGCGAGACGGCAAGACACGUUCAGCAAUUCGGCGAGCGGCUUCUCGAAGCGACGACUAGAGAUCCCAGACAUCAAUGUAACGAGCGAGGGCAGGAAGUCUUACGUGGUGCAUCCGAGAAUCAACAUCGACGAGAAUAGCGACAGUAUACUAAAAAGUAUAGCCUGCAACAAGAACAACGGUGACGCGGAUGACGACGGCAGGGAGUCGAAAGUGGGCGUGUGGACGAAAGUGAAGCCGCGAAAGAAAGGCGACAACGGGCGCAGAAGCAGCGACAGAGCGUUGAAGAUCAUUCAGGAGAACUCGGCCAUACUGCACAAGAUCUUAGCUUGCCAAGCGAAGAAACGUCUGCCGGAUCUCGAGGAGAUAUCAAAGGAGAUCACCAUCAGUCCGAUAAACGAGGAGAUCUCCAAGAUAUUCAGCCCGAUUCUCGAGAAGAUGGGACUGAACGAGCACGAGAUCAACGAGGAGCUGGCCAGGAUCAAUUUCAAGGACUUCGACAGCAUGAGCGCGACGAGCGUGUCGGAGUUCGACGCUAAGAUCAACGACGAGCUGUCAAAGCUCUCCCUUAUCGACGACAUGGAACAGAUUGACCACCUAGACGUGGACGAGAUCUAUCUGGACACCCGGGAGGCGCUCAUAGAUCACAAGAUAAACGAGGAGUUCUCCAAACUGCUGGCCAACUACGAGGAAGAAUCGCCGCCGAGUAUAAUCAACCUGGAGAAAGGUUCAUCCAGCCAGAACAUAAGCGAGAUGGAGGGUCUCGAUCUCACCAGCAUCUCCACGAACGUAUUCUCCUACAAAUCUUCCAAUGACUCCAUCGAGACAAGAAGCGACUUGGAGUCCGCGCACGAUACAGUCGCGAUUCAGCCGGAGAGAUUUCCAUAUUCGGCGUCGAAGGUGGCGUACGAGCAGGACAUGUCGAUGUCGCCCAAGAGCGAUAUAGACAUAUACAGGGAAUUGGAGAAGCUCGAUAAGAUCUCGUCGGUGCAUAUCCUACCGGAAACUCCCCUGAAGAUAUCGUCGAAACGGCUGUCCCCGAUCAUGUACGACGCCGCGCCUUACACGGAAGUGCCGGCCGCGACAAGGUACGCGCCCGCCAAGACUAGCCCGUUCGACUCAUCACCGUUGAAGAGCACCUACGAGCCUUACAAGAGCUUCGACUUUACGAGCAGGAUAUCACCGCGCGAGAAUCCUUACACGACUUACGAAAAACCGGCCGACACCGGUGUGUUUGAGUACACAGAUCCCAAACCGAAGAUCUCGCUCGACUCGUACGACCUGCACCCCAAGGUGCCGAUAUUGUCGAAGGAAUCGUUGGAGUUUCGCGUGAGGUACGACGAUGAGAAACCGAGGCAGAGCAGUGGCGAGUACACGCCUGUCCCGGACGACAGAGCUACGGUCUCCUUGAACACGACCGCUUCGUAUUACGGCAAGGAUAACAACAACAAAGCGGUCACGCCAACGACAAAAUACGGCAGCAACAAGGAGGAGAAACGCCUGGACGUCGGCGACUAUUCCAACGAGUACAAGUCCGACAGGUCUGACCUGCUGCGUCACAAGUACGGCACUUUGUCCCCGAAGGAGUACUCUCACGUGCGAAGCAUGGACUACGACAAGCCCUUGGGCACGUUACCGAACCUCGUGGUAGAGUCGGAUCCGGAUCUCGGUUCGUAUCUGCCGACGAGGCACCGCGACUACAAUGCCUUGUCGCCCAGCCGUCAAUACAGAGAUCAGUAUUUCCCUCCCAGCCCGAAUCAUUACAUCCCGAAACUCUCUCCGGACCUGGAAGUGGAAGAGGCGAAGAGGCCGACAGUCUCGCAUCCGGAAUCGCCGAGCAGCAUCAGCCUCGGCAAGUACGCGGAUUUGGCGGGCAAGGGAUCGAACUGUUACAAGAAGUCGACGUUGAGCCUCGGUAACAUAGAAAACGAGGACAAGAACGACGAAAACGCUGACAGCAGUCCGAGCCCGAAAGCGCACUUCAGCCCUUUCCCCGUUAGAAAUAACUCUAGAAAGCCCAAAGAAUUGACGCUGAAGUUGGGCCUCUAUUCGUCUAAGAGUCCCGAGUACGGGCAACUGAAGAAGUCAUAGUGCUCAGUGACUCGUCGAGGCGGAUGAGCUUCCGACCUGCUCGGCGGGAGCUCGCGCGCGAGUUAUAUCGUUGUUGCGAAAGAGAACAUUCGUAUUCGCUAGUCAAUCGUUUCGAUAGAUUCUUACAGUUUAAGCGAAAGGGAGCGUCAUACACACCGACGACGCGCGUUUCAGUGUGAAUCCGAAUUUUAACAAAGUGGGCCUAAACCGUCGCCUAACCAUUCCUAGGUCAUGAUUCUCGAUACUAUUAGACGAACUAGGUGACGUAAGCUUAAUUAAAUAGUAACGUUAACAUAGACUUAAGACGACAAUUGAACGAGGCGAAGUCGUGAAAGUUUCUUUUCUUUUUUUCUUUCAGUGCUCGGUCGCGGACAAUUGCAAAUUAUUGCGAGUAAUUUCUCUUUUUUGUUUCUUUCGUCGCCAAAUGGCACGCAGAUUUGUCUCUUUUCGAUGAGGAUCAGGCGUCGUUACGUAUAAAUAAUGCAAAAAGAGAAAAAAGAACGAAUAUACAGACUGCAUUGCGUACUGUACAAUUGCGCUAAGUGCGAAAUAAUGUCUCCAUGAAUGCAAUUAAAUUCGGGGAAUAUUGCUGAAAUAAUACGUCGUGCGUUGUUGACACGAUUACAAAAUAGCAAAUCUUGAACAAAGCAGAUUAAUGAUAAAUCCAAUUUCCAUAUCCGGUCGCACGUGCCCGCUUUCUCUCUCCUUUAUUUCAUCAGUAAAAAAACAAUUCUACGCACUUCACUGAUAUUCGAGUAUUCGCGCUUAUUCAAGAUGACGUUUUGAACGAAGUUUGAGAAACUUUACACUAAUAUCUAAAAUCUUACAACACUUAAAACACUCGCAUAAAUGUAAUCGCUAAAUUUACGAUGAAAUGCCUUCGAUUCCCUCCAGUUGUCAACUAUGCCAAAAAUUUUCCUACUUGAAACGACUUCCAAACUGAUCAAGAUACCUGUCAUAGACUAAUGCUUAACUAAGAGUAUUUUACGCAACGCCCUUCUCGCACUCUUAAUUGUGCCAUACUACCGGCAGUUGUUAUCGCAAAGCGAUACAUUGGGAAUAAACAAAAGAACGACGAGCGUCUGUAGUAUGACAGAAUUGUCCUGAGAAGCGAUGCACGAGAGAGGAGAGAGAGAAAGAGAAAGAAACAUGAUGUAAAUUGAUAAAAGUUGUCGAGAUAAAGCUUAAUUUGUAUGUAUGUUUGCGCAAAACUAACUGUAUGGAUAUACUUUUAAGCGAAUUGUGCACUACAAAUUAGAUGGUAAAGAGGAGAAAAGUGGAAUAUAUACAUAUAUACAUAUA